AUGCUUUCAAGCCCCAAUUCAAAUGGGAAUAUUUUGCUAAUACUUUUCAAGCAUAGUGGACUUAAGAAAUUCUCAACAAAUCUAGAAGUAGAAGACCGUCCAUCACCCCUGCAACAGCUGUUUGAACAAGAUCAAAUCAUGUUGCUCUCUAUCUUUACAAUUUUCUUCUUCUCUGCUAUUUUCUAUCUGUUAAGCAAGGUUAAGAAGAAAUUUGAUGAUCAUGGGUUCAAGCUCAAUCUACCACCUUCUCCACCCAAGUUACCAAUCAUCGGAAACAUUCAUCAAAUAAGCCCCAUGAUUCACCAUUCUUUUCGCAAUCUAUCUAGCAAGUAUGGUCCACUGAUGCUCUUAAAUCUGGGUACAAGACCGGUACUUGUAGUUUCAUCAGCAGAGAUGACAGCUCAAAUUUUAAAAACAAAUGAUCUUGUUUUCUCAAAUAGAUUCAGUAUAAAAGCUGCAAAAGUUAUUUUCUGUGGUGGAAAUGAUUUACUUUUAGCUCCGUAUGGUGAUUAUUGGAGGAAGGUCAGAAAAUUCUGUGUUCUUGAACUGCUGAGCAACAAAAGGAUUCAAUCGUUUCAGUUUGUAAGAGAAGAAGAAGUGCUUAGAGUAAUGGAGAGGAUAAAUUGUGCAGCUAGUGAGCCAGGUAUGUCUAUCAAUUUGACAGAGAUUUUGUUCACAACGUUGAAUACAAUUAUCUUUAGGUGUUCACUCGGGGACAAUUUCAACAAAGAUUAUGUAGAUAGUUUUGUUGGGUUGAUUAGAAAAGCAACAAUGUUAAUGGAGUCUAUUUGCUUUGAAGAUUUCUUUCCAUUGCUGAAAUGGGUAGAUGUUCUAAAUGGAUUACAGGGGAAGCUUGAUAAAACAUCUCAAGAAUUAGAUACUUUCUUUAAUAGAGUCAUUGAUGAUCAUCUUAGUUCCGAGGAACACGGCUGCAACCAUGACAAGAUGAACUUCAUUGAUUUGCUUCUUCUCCAUGCUGAAGAAGCUAAUCUUAUUCUGAGCAGAGAGAAUAUCAAGGGGAUUAUAAUGGACAUGUUUGUUGGUGGGAGUGAUACCACUGCGACUGCCAUUGAGUGGUCUAUGGCAGAGCUCAUAAAGAACCCAAGGCUAAUGAAGAAAGCACAAGAAGAGGUAAGAAGAGUGGUUGGUAAAAAAAUGAAAGUAGAUGAGCAGGACAUUAAUCAUAUGGAGUACUUGAAAUGUAUCGUCAAAGAAAGUUUACGGCUACAUCCUCCUUUACCGAAUCUGGUAGGAAGAGUUUCCACUGCCGCUGCCAAAUUUGGAAAUUAUGAUAUCCCAACAAAUACUGGAGUUUUCAUUAAUUCCUGGGCGAUACAAAGAGACCCCGAUUUGUGGGAUAAACCAGAGGAAUUCUGUCCUGAGAGAUUCAUAAACAACCCUGUCGAUUUCAAGGGUCGGGAUUUUCAAUUCAUCCCAUUUGGGUCUGGAAGAAGACGGUGUCCUGGAAUGGCAUUUGGCCUUGCAGUUGUGGAGGUUCUUCUUGCCAACCUCUUGUACCAGUUCAAUUGGGAAUUGCAUGGCGGUGCUAAGUGCGAGGAACUAGAUAUGACUGAAGGUUUUGGAAUCACGGUUAAUAGAAAGAUACCUCUUCAUGUUGUUCCAAUAUUGUUUCAUUCAGCUUCUAGUACGAUUUAAUAUGAUCGGGGAAAAAAAAAUAGAUCCAUACAAGAGCACUUGUACUAUCUGGUUCUCUCAUCCAAAAUUGAAAAGGGCUCAUUUGUUUGGAAGCCACUCGUUUUUGGCAUCCGGUUGGCUGGAUAGCGUGUAGCCUUUGUGUAGAGGGAUGUAAAGAAUUGGUGAUUGGGAUUGUUCGGAGAUCUGCAAGUGCGAGAUCUUUGGCUAAUAGAGAUUGGCUUUUCAAAUGAGCGUACUCUGGUUUGAUGUUGAGAAAGUAUGAUGAGACAGAUUCAAGCAAUACAAAUGGUUAUUGCUUGAAUCUAACAGAUGUACCUAGGGUAGACAUUCUAUUGUUGCCCUAUUUGUUGGAGUUCCUUUCUUUAUAAUUUGUCUAAUUUCAAGUGUGAUUAGUGGGGUGGUUUUGGUAAUUAAAUGGUUUAUAUGAGUUGGUAACA